AUGCAUUUGCAAGAGAAUCGUGACGGAGAAAAUGCUGUUACUCACGAGUCUUUAGGUGAAUCACCUUCAGCAUUAGUUAAAAAGUUUAGAAAUAAUCCAUGGGUGACGAAAUUUAUCAAUGAACUAGCAAUACAAGAAUCUGUUAACCCCAACGUCAUAUCAGCUUUAUUACAAACAAUUUAUUAUGAUGGUGCAAAUUCUCUAGCCAUUCCACACACAUCAUACUCACAACUACCAUUUGUCUCGAAAGACAUCGUUAGGAUAAUUGAGACAUGGCUAACAGAAAAUUUUUCACGGGCUGGCGAUUCAAUUCCAAUAUUAGGGAAUACCUUGGAAGAUAAUGUAGAAAGUAUCAAUCAGAGAUUAAGGGCCGAGCUGGAUUUUUCAGGACUGAAUAAAGUAUUAGUAAAUAUCAGAGCUGGCCAUUCAUUUUUCUCUCAUAUGGAGGGCGACGAAAUCGUUCUUGAUAAAAACCAAGUAGAGUUCUUUUCCCGCGUAAAAGCAUCUCUCACCACAGAUCCUCCCAAUCUUCGAGAUAGUACUCCUCCUUCACGUUCUAUUUCACCUAUCUUUUUUCAACCUAUGCAAGAUCAUUCUACUAGUGAAGAUGACCAUUCUGAUGAUUUUUGUGGUGAUGGUGAGAACGAAAUGCACCAACUGAAGUUCAACAUUUUAUCUCAAAGAUGGAAAAUAUUAAAGGAUCAUUGA